GAAGUCACAUAAAACGCGUGUUGAGCUAGUCAGGUUUCCGAAUAGCAUUCGAGUGUCGUUCGAGCGGCGGCGGCGAAUGAGAGAAUGGCUGGAGGCUCGCAAUCGUUUCAGAAAAGCAAAGUUGACGGCUAUGGGUUUCAGCGACCAGAAGACUUCGACUUUAAGUCAUAUGAGGAUUUCAUGGCUUCCUACCUGUCAGUGCUGGCUCGCCGGGCGCAGAGAUGGAAAAACACUGUCGGCGAUCAGUCGACACUUUCAAAAUCUAGAAAAAUUAAAAGGUUUUGCAGGAAAGGAGUACCCUCAGAUAUAAGAGCUGAUGUAUGGAUGGUUGUGAGUGGUGCUGAGCAAAGAAGAAAGGAAGACCCAGAACUGUACCAGCGCCUUGUUGAAAACCAGCUCGACGACACGCACCCCGUCCAGUGUUCCAUCAACCUAGAUAUACAUCGAACAUUCCCAGAAAACAUCCAUUUUGCUGACACCGAGGAUGCCCAUGGUCUGCGGAAACCCCUGUGUCGAGUCUUGUCGGCUUUAGCCAAGAAUAACACCAAAGUCGGAUACUGUCAGGGUCUGAAUUUCAUAGUGGGCCUCCUGCUUCUUAUUGUGAAGGAUGAAGACAAGGUGUUCUGGUUGAUGGACACACUCAUCAACAAUAUAUUACCAGCUUACUAUUACCCUGACAUGCUGGCCCUACAAGCAGAACAAGAACUUGUUGGGGAGGUGAUCAAGUGGAAGCUGCCGGAGGUGGCGGCUCACAUGGAGACUCUCGGGGUACAGUGGUGUCUGGUCGGCAUGAAGUGGUUCAUCUGUCUGUUUGCAGACGUCAUGCCUGUCGAGACCGUCUUGCGAAUCUGGGACUGCUUGUUCUAUGAGGGCACAAAAAUUUUGCAUCGUGUGGACUUGACCUUAGUUAUAGCUAACAAAGAGAAGAUUCUGGCCACCAAGACAUUUCCCGAGGCUGUAGACCUGUUUCGAACGAUCGUAUCCACACCACACAUACAAGACUGCCACAAAUUUAUGAAGAGUAUUUUUGAACUGACAGGAUCAUUUCCCCGCUCAAAGCUAGACCAAAUGAGAGAAGAGUGUCGGAACAAAGUCAAGUGAAGAAAUCGUUUUGUUCUUGACUGGAGCAGAAAAUGUGCAAUACGACCAAAUUCCAAUCAUUAAUUUAAAUAUGUCAUAGACUAUUUUACAUGUGAUAAUAGCUAUUUUACUGAAGAGAAUAUAAUUUUGAUCAUAUGUAUCCAAUAUUAUGUACAUUAAGCUAUGAAAUUUUAAUCUUAAAGAUUAAAAUUUGAUGUGUUGUCCAACUGGUAACAUAUAAUUAGUCAUGAUGAAAACAGUACCGGUAUUUGUUUUAUGGAACACACAUGUGAUGGAAUGGAAUGUGAAAGAAUAUAUUUUGCCCAUUGAAAUAUGGAGGUGAACAUUAACAUGCUAAUGAUAUUAAAAGAUUUUCUAACGGUAUUUUUCAUAGAGAAUGUAUGUAGGCAGAAGCAAAUUGAUUAUAUAUUUAUUGGAAACAUUCUAGUGAUUUCCAAAGAGGUUGUAGUUUUUUUGCACUGGUAAACUUAUGAUCACCAUAUUUUUUAAAAUUUUAAUUUUAUGAUGAAUUUAUCACCUUAGUAGACCCUUUCAUCAUAUCACUUCAGACGAAAACAUGAAAUGUAACAAUAAUCAAUCGGUUGUGUUAUUUUUUAGCUAAUUUCGCUUUGAGUUGUUUGAAAGGGGCUUGUGGUUUCUUUGGAGCAUAACAUUGUAAAGGCCAUGUGUUGCCUACUUUUGAUGAUAUAGUUGUAAUUUCCUUAGGAGUUUGGGGCGGUGGGGUAGUCUAGUGGUUAAAGCG